CGUAUCACAACUGUCUGCAGGAACGUUUGUUCCCUGGACUAAUCUUUAUCUUCAGUUUACUCUGAAUGCUUCUGAUGUGAGGCUUCUUGACAGGAAGCAUGACCUCAUUCUGCCUCUGUGCUUCUGAUUGCAUGGGCCGUUUUCAAAAGGAAACAAGGGACUUCACAGCCCUGCCUUUCCAAAAACUCAGUGCCAUUCUGCUCCAGGAAGCUGCAGAAAGGACACCCUACACACACGUCUCAAAGGCUCUGGCGUUGAUGAGAAACUUUUUGACAUACCUUUUUUCGUGGUGAAAUGGAUUUUCCAGGCAAUCCACAUUACCUGUUGUCUCUGAGUGUAUGAGCCAGUCCUUUUCAGGAUGUAUGGAAUAUCACAUGUUACAUCAACACCACGAGGAGGUUCAACAGCGUUUGAUGGAGAUCACAGACACAUCCUCUCAGAACAUAUAUUUCAAAGGUGCUGUUCCACAAGCCCUUUGAGAGACACCCUCUUCACAUGUCGCCGCAGCCCUCGGUUGCUUUCCAAUGGUUAUUACGUUCUGACAGAAGACAGCUUUCUGUCUGAUGAAGACGGCAACAUAACUCUGUCACCAUCCCAGACAAGUGUUACCUAUAAAGAGAACUUAGUUCGGAUAUUCCGUCGAAGGAAGAAAAUACGACGCUCUCUUGCCAGCUUGUUUAGUCUCAGUGCCUCCAGCCAGUGGCUCAGCAGCACCAUUAUCAACACUCUGGAUUCCUCCCAUGUAGAUGAUGUAGAUUAUCCUUGGCCUGACAAAUGCAGUAAACCAGAGGCUAGUCAGACUGAUACGGGCAAUUCAGACUUUUCUUGUGAAUAUAACAUCUUAGUGCCACAAGGGCAAAUUCCAGCAUCUAUUGGAGCCUCUCUAACCAAAGAUAAGAAGUUUAUUGAGCCUGGAAAAUCACUUUGUGCCUCACCAUCCUGCUCUCUGUUUAUGAUAAAUGGAAAUGAAGAUACACUGAACAAGGCGGAAUCCAAUACGGUGCCAAAUUUUCUGUCUCAGAUCGCUGCACUGAUGGUGUGUUUAAUCAUUUCAGUAUGUACAAGGUAUUUUCUGGGAGGAUUGUCUGCCAUUUUGUUGUUGAUUAUUUUAGUCUUUCUUUUGUCCCAAGAUGCUGCUCUGUCAUCUUUCUUCAGUCUUGUCACAUCUUUCAAAACAACUAAGUUUGGAAUAAUUGAAAAGAAAGAAUAGUUGUGUGGAUAAAACAGCCUUGUUCAUCAGUUCCUUGAUGAGACCAUUCAGCUCCUGAGAUCACAAGGCAUCUGCACAGCAUAAGAUGCAACCUGGAAAACCCUUGAGAAAGUCCUCAGAAACAGGAGGCUCAUCCUGAGAACAAAGGUUUUCAGAACUUCAUGCAGGCAUUUGAUCACUCUGCACAGUAUGAAAGCCUAUGAUGAAAAAUACACCUUACUCAUCCACAGCCAAGCAGUGGACAGUAGAUACGGCACUUCUCAUGGUCAGCGGGACUGUUUAUACAAGGGCUACAACACCACAGCUUCAAAGCUGAUUUUUAUUUUGAAGGCCAGAAUCAAUAUUACACAAAGCAGGCACUGUAGGAUGGAGUGGUGCUGCUUCCAGGAUUUCAAAACAAUCUCUCCUCUUACCUUGUACAGAAACUUAAAGGCAGAACAGUUACUUCUGUGCAUUCUAUUAUCAGCUUACUGACCAUUUUCAUUUUUCUGCCUCCUCAGACUUGUGUCCCUCAGCUCUUUAGAACCAGACUACUAGAAACCUCCCUAUGGACACCAUUAUACAAGUUCCUAUGGAAAAAAAUAACAAGUGUUUGUGUUCUUUAAAAUACAAAUUAUUUUAGCUGUAUUUUUAUUCUCUUUUUAUUCUUUGUGAUGUCACAUUUGCAAGCAGUCAUGCAAAACCAGAGACCUCUAGUCUCUUAUGUCAAUGAGGUACUAUGUAACGAUGGAGUCCUGUAAACACUUUGAUAAUGAAUUGAUUGUAAAGUAUUUAGCAGUGCUCAUUAAUUUUGCAUUUGGUAAGCAACUGAUGUCUUCAAAUGCUUCAUAUGUAUUAAUUUACUGUAAUGAUAUGCUGUUAAAGAUGAUUGCUUUGGAUAGAGACUUAGUACCUGUGGUAACAUAUUUCAGAAGCAUUAUUGUAUCAUGUGCGCAUUUUCUUUUGGCCAUCAUACCAUUAUCCUGAGCACCAUAAAAAGAGGAAAAAAGGAAUAAGGAAACAUAAGAAAACAUAAACAUCAAUGGGUGUCAAAUUAGUGCCUAAUUACUAGAAGGAAAGAACUCUUCAGAAAACGAGGAAUCAGAAUGUGGAAAAGUAAUAAUGAAAUUCAUUCAGUAUUUCGAAAGAAAACAAUAAUAAUACAAGACCUGCAGCUAUUAACUGUGCUUAGGAAGCACUGAGCCUUAUUUUUCAAGUUGGAUCUUUGUCACCACAGAGACUAAAUCAUAUACAGAUCCUGUGGGCAACCAAAAACUGCUAUCUUGUGACUCCAAGCAUUUAACCAUCUGCUUCAAAUAUCUCCCUAUAUGCCAGUCUAGCUAGGACAGCAUGAGUUUCAUCUUCCCAUGCAACAGAAUGAUGAUAUGUGAGCAUACUGUUGCCCACCAGAUCAUUCUAUAACUAGUGUUGCUUCUCAUCUGCUUGUCCUCUGCUGCACUAAAAGCAAUGUUAGCACAGCCCCAGCUGGUACAUCAGAUGUGAAACAGUGGCUGUGGGAGUAGUAUUGCCAAUAGAGUACAACCAGGUUGGCAGGCACAGUGACUGGGAUUUCAAAACUGUAGCAGAAAAACAUAUAAUAAGGAUGCUGGUGGAGGAAUAAACAAAACUCAAACACCACUGUCUGUCCAACUCUGCCUAAGCCAAGAUCAAACACACUAUAUGUAUUUCUAACAUGGAAAAUCCAGUGUGGCAAUGAAGAAAAGUGUAUGUCCAGUAAUUUAAUACAUACAUUUCUCUUUCAAAUGGUAAAUAAAUAUAGGCUGGUUAUAUUUUGAAGUGUAGCAGGAAAUUUCACCCAAAUUAGAAUUUUUGGACGGUAAUUUACAUUACAUUACAUUGCAUUUACCGUGCAUUACAUUGAUCUUUUGUGAAUGGAGACUGUCUGAUGUAGCAAGAUCCAGUUUUAUAGUUGCAAUAAAAGGUGAACUUUUUUUUCCCUCAAGUCUUAUGCACUGUGUAGGUAGUCCUUUACUAAGUACAUUUGAAAAGACAGGAUUGAAAGAUCUUUAGUGUUUAAAUAAUUUCCUGAAAGAAUAAACUGGAAAAAUAACAUCCUUUACUGGUAGAAAAGUCUAGGACUGCAACAACCCUUCUAGUUACAGAAGCGAUGUGCCGAAAAGCAGGAAAGCUUAAGCUCACUGUAAAUUAGUGGAGAGCUAAUUUACAGCUGAUGUAGCUUGCCAAAAUUUGGUGUAGCAUGAACUGCUAUAAUUUGUCUGUGAAAAAAAUAUAAGCUGUAAACUACAAGUGCUCUGAGCAGGAGAGGGGGAUGUUCUGGAACCAUUUUGCAAUUGGAAUUCAAGGUCUAAAAACAGAGAAAUCCUUAUUCUGCUUUAAUGUAGCACCUUAUUUAAAUAAAUAAAUAAAUAAAUAAAAUAAGAGAAGAAACUCAAGAUUGAGAUUUAUAACCCCUUGUAUGUUAUGUCAUACCUUUCCUUAGAAUUAUUUUAUAUCACUACGCCUUGUCUUUUAUUUCUUGCUGUGUUCAGCUGAAUUCCAAGGGCAUUCUUGAGUAUAUAUCACAUAGUGCUUAAGAGUGAGAAUGUUCGUGUUGAAGAGAACAGCAGCACGCGGAACGAUAAUAGCUUGUGAAGUUGCUGGUGUCUGACCAAGUCUGCUUAGUAUUUGUCCUGAAAGUAAAGCAUACAGAAGUCAAACCACAUGGACUAAGAUUAACAUCUUAAGUGGUAUUAAAUGAUGCAGAAAAUAGGCAUGGUCAUUCAGCCCAUUUCUGCAGAAUAUGUUCCUUGGUGUAUUUGUGUGUGUGUGUGUGUGUGUUAGCUGCAGCAUUGCAUAUAAUGAUAAUUGCAGUAAGAAUAACAAAAAUAAAUAGAUUAAUAAAUAAAAAUCCCACAAUAAUAGGAAAGAAAGAAAAAGACAUAGUUCCAGAUUCUGAAUGGGUAUCAAUCAGCUGAUUUCCAUCUUAGCCUCUGAUCUGCUGCAUUUUAAUAGUUUUAAUAGUUGUUCAUGGAAAUCAAUUUGCUUGAUAUACAGCACUUUACAUGCGUAUAUUCUGUACAUAUUCGGGAUACUUCUGAUGCACUGUAAUGAUAAUGCUAUAAAGCUAAUUUUGUUCUGAUGUGGAAUGAUUAUUUUAUAUUGCGUUGCUUUAUGCAUGUAACAAAUAAACUGGUAAUGUGUUAAA